AUCAAACUGCUCGACGAUCUUUACAACCCUCUGGCUAGGGCUCCUUCGCUUCUUCUUGUCGACGUCUCAAUUCCAUCGUUCAAAACAAAAACCACCCCAAGGCGAACACUUCGACACGCGCCCCGGCGGCAAUUUACACAACCAACUUCACAGACACACACAGACACACAAUCUCUGCCUCACCGCCCCAGCCAGUAGUUUCUCUCCUUCGAGUGUAAAAACAUCACCAAGCCCAAGAUGCGUUCCUUCGCCGCCAUCUCCGCCGUCCUCUUUGCCAGCUCGGCCCUGGCCAGCCCAGUGACCGUCUCGUCCAUGUUCGAGCUCGACGACCGCCAGGCCAAGGCCUGCUUCGUGGUCGGCAACCAGGUCCUGCCCAAGGAGGUCGCCGAUGCGGCCGCGGCGGUCGCCCCCGUCGUCACCUGCGCGGCCAACGGCGUCAAGACCCUCUCGGGCGUCCCCGACGUGACCUCGGGCGACGUCUCCUUCUCCGACAUUGACUUCAGCCAGGCCCGGGGCCAGUCGACCCUGGCCUUUGCGCUGCAAAAGUUCGCCACCGCGACGCCCCUGGCCAGCACCGACCUCCAGCGCUUCGAGGACAGCCUCAACGUCUACCUGGCCACCGAGGUCGGCAUCCGCAGCGUCGGCGGCAACCUCGCCAUCAAGGUGCCCAAGUUCUUCCUCGAGUUCCAGGUCUCCCGCAUCAAGACCGCCCAGGGCAACCCGCCCACCGAGCCCGGCCUCCAGGUCGACCACCUCCGCGACAAGGUCACCAAGAACGCCGCGGGCCAGAGCAAGGCCCUGCUUGACCAGGUCGUCGCUCUGGCUAAGCAGCUCAAGUAGAGAGUUCGGGGACCACUGCCAACAAAUUCGAGAGCGGGGUGGCGCGGAUCAGUCUCGACACCCCUUCUCUCUGAGAUUCAGUGUAUAUUAUUGGUGUGAUUUCUUGCAGCCUGCCUGGGCUUGCUGUUUGGCCUGGAAAUGGGGAAUCAGAGAACCGCCCCUGGAUAAAUCAAUAAAGAGAGAGAGCGUUGCAAGUCCAACAUGAACAACGGUAUAGAUGGGAUGUCAGGUGCCUA